GCGGAAAUGAAAGUUCACUAGCGACAGCGGCGGAGCACAGCUGAAAAAGAGCUGUGAUGUCAUGGCAGCUGCCAGCGUGAGCAGACCUGGCAGUGCCCAGACCACUGAGAAGUCUCAGUUGACCUUGAAAGUGGUGUCAGCGAAGCCCCAGUCCCCAAAGCUGCCGAACCGGCACUCUCGGCUGAGCUCCUUCGUUGAGGUGACUGCAGACGGCCUCACCAGUGAAACCAAAAAAACAGGCAAACGUAGCGGGCACCUUGAGCUGCAGUGGAACGAAGACCUCACCCUUAAUGUGACGCCACAGAGUCGUCUGGAUCUAAAGCUGUGGAGCUGCCACACCCUGAGAAAGGAGCUACUGGGCAGCGCAACCAUAGACCUGCUGGACACGCUGCGCUCACACGAUGGCAAGAUGGAGAACGUCCAGCUGAGUCUGGUGCUGCAGACGGAGAACAAAGGCUCGGUUGUAGCAGGAGGCGAGCUCAACGUCUGUCUGGACGGCAUGGUUGUUGAUCUGGGCUCACUGCCCAAUGGCAGCACGGCAGCAGACAAGAUACUUCAGUCGGAUAGACCCAACCUGAGGAGGACACAGAGCGAGGAGACUCCCAGUACAGCGGGAUCACAGGCCAGGAGCAACAGGCACUCAGUGGGGGGUUCGCAGGGUGAGUCCCCGGGUGACUCCAGAGGGAGCUCUCUGACAAAUGGGGAUCUGAGUGAGGAGCAGAUCCCCGGACCCGUUGCUCGCCGGCGGUCCUCUAAGAGUCACGGCAGCCCCGGAAACAGCGCAGAUAAGGUUGAGCUGACGUCUAAUGGACUGGAGAACAAUCGCGGCGUGUCCCGUCACACGCCUCCUCCUUCUUCUCCUUCGGGCAGGUCUCCAGCUGCCAGCAGCAGCAGCAGUAGCCCCUCUCCUGGUCAGCAGGAAGCUCUGGGUCCAGCUGCCUCAGUGGAGCCCAGCUCCAACACCACCUCUAGCACAGAGCAGGCCAGCAACAGCACCACAGAGCCAACCACAGACUCACUCCCAGCAGGCUGGGAGCAGAGGGUGUUGCCUCAUGGCAGAGUGUACUACGUUGACCACAACACCAAAACCACAACGUGGGAGAGACCACUGCCACCGGGCUGGGAGAAACGAGUGGACCAGCGGGGCAGGUUCUACUAUGUGGACCACAACACCAGAACCACCACGUGGCAGAGGCCUACAGCCGAGUCUGUGCGAAACUACCAGCAGUGGCAGAGCCAGCGCAGCCAGCUGCAGGGCGCCAUGCACCAGUUCAGCCAGCGCUUCCUCUACCAGCCGUCCGGUGCUCCUGUGGAAAAUGACCCUCUGGGCCCGCUGCCUCCUGGAUGGGAGAAGCGUCAGGACAAUGGCAGGGUGUAUUUUGUCAACCACAACACACGGACGACGCAGUGGGAUGAUCCUCGGACCCAAGGGAUGAUCAAGGAGCACCCCCUGCCCCCGGGCUGGGAGAUGAAGUACACCGCCGAGGGAGUCCGAUAUUUCGUGGACCACAACUCGCGCACCACCACCUUUAAAGACCCUCGACCUGGGUUUGAGUCAGGGUCACGGCAGGGCGGUUCACCAGGCGCUUACGACCGCAGCUUCAGGUGGAAAUACCACCAGUUCCGUUUCCUGUGCCAUUCUAAUGCCUUACCCAGCCACGUGAAGAUCUCCGUGUCCAGACAGACGCUGUUUGAAGACUCGUUUCAGCAGAUCAUGAACGUGAAGCCAUAUGAUCUUCGUCGCCGGCUCUACAUUAUUAUGAGAGGGGAGGAGGGGCUGGACUACGGUGGCAUCGCCAGGGAGUGGUUCUUCCUGCUGUCCCAUGAAGUCCUGAAUCCCAUGUACUGCCUGUUUGAGUAUGCUGGCAAGAACAACUACUGUCUGCAGAUCAACCCAGCAUCCUCCAUAAACCCCGACCACCUCACGUACUUUCGCUUCAUCGGUCGCUUCAUCGCUAUGGCUUUGUAUCACGGAAAGUUCAUCGACACCGGCUUCACGCUUCCUUUCUACAAGCGAAUGCUGGACAAGAAACCCACUCUCAAAGACCUGGAGUCCAUAGAUCCGGAGUUUUAUAACUCCAUCAUGUGGGUCAAAGAGAACAACCUGGAAGAGUGCGGCGUGGAGCUCUAUUUUGCACAGGACAUGGAGAUCCUCGGGAAGGUUUCCACUCACCAGCUGAAGGACGACGGGGAGAACGAGCUGGUCACCGAGGAGAACAAGGAGGAGUACAUCAGCCUGCUGACAGACUGGAGGUUCACCCGCGGGGUGGAGGAGCAAACCAAAGCCUUCCUGGACGGCUUCAACGAGGUGGUGCCUCUGGAGUGGCUUCGCUACUUUGACGAGAAGGAGCUGGAGCUGAUGCUUUGUGGGAUGCAGGAGAUCGAUUUGGCUGACUGGCAGAAGAACACAAUCUACAGACAUUACACCAAGAACAGCAAGCAGAUCCACUGGUUCUGGCAGGUGGUGAAAGAGAUGGACAAUGAGAAGAGAAUCCGUCUGCUUCAGUUUGUAACGGGAACCUGUCGGCUGCCCGUCGGAGGGUUCUCCGAGCUCAUAGGAAGUAAUGGUCCCCAGAAGUUCUGCAUAGACAAAGUGGGGAAGGAGACUUGGCUUCCAAGAAGCCACACAUGCUUCAAUCGUCUGGAUCUGCCUCCCUACCGAAGCCUGGAACAGCUCAGAGAGAAGCUCCUGUUCGCCAUCGAGGAGACGGAGGGAUUUGGACAGGAGUGAGGCGAGGCGAGGAGGCAGAGACGGACGACACUUAAAUCGACGAAUAGUUUUUUGUUAUUGGUCUUAUUUUGCGUUUGUUUGUUAAUCACAGGGCUGAGGAGUCACCUGUCAGCUAAACAAGCCCUCACCUGGGCGAGGAUCAUGUUAGUGAGCUAGUGACCUGAAUCAUGGGAUCAGGCUUGAGGCACAGGAACACAGAAGAGUGAAUGCUUAUGUGUGUGUGGGUGUGUGCGUGGUUGUUCAUGUUAAUGCCAUUGUGUAUUUGCAUAUAAAUGGUGUGUAUGUGUUUGGAUUAAACAGGAUGAUUCCCCCCCCCCCCCCCCCACUUUACUCACUGCUUAGAACCGCACCAAAACCAGACGACAUGAUAGUUUUAAUGUCAGCAGCGACUCACAGCGACAGCACAGCUACCCGCAAAUGCAGUAUAACAUAUCUACCAGAGAGACGUACAUUUUAAGCAUAUUAAAGCAGCGAGGCAGCAGCGUGUGAGAGGAAGCUGUUAUCGUGAACUAGUGCGCCUCUAUUACAGAGGUCAGAGAGAUGAGAUGCGAUUUUAUUUUUUAUUUUUUCUGUUAAUUGUGAAAUUCAGCCGAUUUCUCCUGUAUAUAACUCAAAUAAAUGAGAUUUCAGUCAUAAGAUGUUUGGGUGAGGCUUUC